GGGGCCGACUCCGCCCCCUGCUGCCGGCCCCGCCUCCCUCCGGAGCCUGGGCGGCUCGGCCCCGCGUUCCGCCUCAUUCGCUGAGCAGGUCCGCGAGUUGUCAGCGCGCUCCGGGCGCCUGCUGAGCCGGGGCGGCCGCCGGGCUUGCCGCACUCCCCCGAGGUGCCCACCGGAGCCAAUGAGCCUCGGUCCGCUGGGGCGUGAGCAGCUGCCGACUGGGGGCAACUUGGGACUCCGGACCCGCAGCAGGGGCGGCGGUUUGCGAGCGGACUCGGCGAGGAGGAUGGAAAUCCUGUAUGAAUGUGGAAGCCAUUAGCAGAGUAAUUGCUGUCUGUUACCAUGACAACCAGCCGCUGCAGUCACCUGCCCGAAGUCCUGCCAGACUGCACCAGCUCGGCUGCGCCCGUGGGGAAGGCGGUGGAGGACUGUGGCAGCCUGGGGAACGGGCAGCCGCAGUAUGUCAUGCAAGUUUCAGCCAAGGACGGGCAGCUGCUGUCCACAGUAGUGCGGACUCUUGCCACCCAGAGCCCCUUCAACGACCGGCCGAUGUGCAGGAUCUGCCAUGAGGGCAGCAGCCAAGAGGACUUGCUCUCUCCAUGUGAAUGUACAGGGACCUUGGGGACAAUUCAUCGGAGCUGCCUGGAGCACUGGCUGUCGUCUUCAAAUACCAGCUACUGUGAACUCUGCCACUUCAGGUUUGCAGUCGAGCGCAAACCCAGGCCGUUAGUGGAGUGGCUCAGAAACCCUGGCCCCCAGCAUGAGAAGCGGACUCUGUUUGGAGACAUGGUGUGCUUCUUGUUUAUAACGCCCCUGGCCACCAUCUCGGGCUGGCUGUGCCUGCGGGGCGCCGUGGACCACCUGCACUUUAGUAGUCGGCUCGAAGCCGUGGGACUGAUUGCACUCACUGUCGCACUCUUCACUAUUUACCUCUUUUGGACACUAGUGUCAUUUCGGUACCACUGUCGAUUGUACAACGAAUGGCGUCGGACCAAUCAGAGAGUGAUUCUCCUCAUUCCAAAGUCUGUCCACGUACCUUCUAACCAGCAGUCCUUGCUGGGCCUCCAUUCAGUCAAGAGGAACUCAAAGGAGACAAUUGUUUGAUGUUCGUGUGGUUGGGCGGCUGGUCGACUCGUUUGGGGUUUGGAAGUUUCUGCACUGGCCCGCGCGCUGAGCCACCCCUGAGCCCCCCCUUAAGCCUGUGGGUCUGAGACCACCCAGAGCCAAGUUGGCACAUGGCCCCAGCAACGACCUCUGCCAGAAGAAAGCAAAUGCUGUUUUACUCCAAAUCAUGGAUGCUGCAAUCAUAUGAUAUUUGCUAAGCUGCCAAACAUGUUUAUUUAGCAGAUACUGUAUGGAAUUUUCUGAACACCUCUUUAACAUAUGAGGAAGGUUGCAAUUCAAUUCUUCCUUUUUUAUUACUAUUGCAAACAUAUAUAUAUAUAUAUAUUAAACUUAGAUGAUAAUCAAAAUCAAAAAGCCAACGUAAAAACUGGUUUCUUGGUUUGGAUGGGUUUUAUUUGGAUUAGUUUUUGUUUCCUGGUUUCUACUGUGGAUUCUUUGGGCUAAUUUGAUAGCUUGAGUGGUCUUUUUCAUCUCUUUCACAUCCCUCACUCAAGGAGACAGCGUAACAACUGCAGAACAAGUCAUAUUUGAAGGAUGUUUUGUACUAAACUUCAUUUAACUAUUUAGUUUUUAAAGGGAAAACGGUGUGGCAACCCUCCACACGGUGAGCUGUUUAUUUGAAUAUAAUUAAGGAGAAAAAGGUUACGGGGAGAAGCACGCUCCUUUCAACUUGUUUGGUACUGACGGCCAAUAGAAGCUAUUUUCUAAUAAUAAAUAUCCAGUGUGUGAAAGACAAA